GGGGGGCAAAAAAAGCAGGUUUUUAAGUUCACCCUUGACUGCACCCAUCCUGUAGAUGAUGCAAUCAUGGAUGCUGCCAAUUUUGAGCAGGUCCUCCAGGAGAGAAUCAAGGUGAACAGGAAAGCUGGGAAUCUUGGCGGAGGGGUUGUGACCAUCAAAAGGAGCAAGAGCGAGAUCACUGCCACCUCUAAGGUGCCUUUCUCCAAAAGGUAUUUGAAAUAUCUCACCAAAAAAAAAAAUUUGAAGAACAAUCUAGACUGGUUUCGUGUUGUUGCCAACGGCAAAGAGAGGUAUGAACUGCGUUACUUCCAGAUUAACCAGUAUGAAGAGGAGGAUGAAGAGGAGGAG